CCGAUUUUUUAGUUGUAGAGUUAAAAUCACGUGUAAUCAGCUCUUUCCUUGGUGAUCACGUACUUCCAUAUUUUCGUAAUUGCGUAAUUAGAUCUAUAAAAUCUCUUGUAAUCGCCUCUCUCCGAGAAUUUAGUGGCUUAGUGCAACAGAUCAGAUGACCGCUAUGGACCUUUUCGCGAAACUGCCGGAGGGAUGCAUCGCUGAAAUCGUUUCCUUCACUUCGCCGGCCGAUGCAUCGGCGCUUUCCGUCAUCUCCAAACGCUUCAAAUCGGCGACUGAAUCGGACAGCGUAUGGAAGAAGUUUUUGCCGCCCGAUAUUGAUGAAAUCGUCUCAAAAUCAUCCAUUCCCUCUUAUUUAGCACCCACCAAGAAGGAUCUUUAUGCUCUCCUUUCUCAUUCCCAUAUUCUCCUCGAUGGAGGCAAAUUGGGUUUCUUUCUCGAGAAAAGCACAGGAAAGAAAUGUUUCAUAGUUGCACCCUCAGAACUUGUUUUCACUGAGAAGAUUUAUUCAAAUGGCCAGAUUAUGGUACAAGAGCUAAUAUUCGCCAGGUCAUCUGAUGUGGCUGUACUGAACUUAAUGGCCGGUAGGAUGUUUAACAUUCUUGGGAGAAUUACCCCUCAAAAGCUAUCUGAAGAAACACACUACUCAUCCUAUUUGGUGUACAAACUAUCACCGAAGCGUAGCUACUUCAAUGUCUCAUUCACUGGGUGUAGAUUUGUUGACAAUGAAGGUAGAGUUGUGCGUGAUAGAAUGAACUCGUAUGUGCGAAUUCCUGUUUCUAGAGAGGACGGGUGGUUCGAGGUGGAAAUUGGGACUUUUUUUAACGCGGAAGGGAAUCGCAGUGAUGUUGAAUCUUGUGUGUUUAAUCUUUGUCUGCAGUUCGGCCAAUCCCUCAUUGUGCGAGGGAUUGAAUUUCGGCCUGAAACUAUUUUUGGAGAUAUGAGCGAUUGUGGAAUUUUUAAAGAAUUCCUGGAAGAAAAAUUGAAUUUCUAGUUAGAACAAUAACUAGCUAGUAUUUGAAGCGAAAAAAGUAACUUUUCAUGUUGAAAUAUACAUAUUGAUUAUGUUCC